AUGGCAGACAUACUCAAGUGUGUCCAAAAUACCAUCUCUGUAACAGCCACACCUUAUGGAGAGUCUUCUUCAUCUCAUCUGGCAGAAACCAUUGAUUGUCAGUGCAAUGGUCUGAAAGGACAGAAACGUGAAAAUGCCACACCUUAUGGAGAGUCUUCUUCAUCUCAUCUGGCAGAAACCAUUGAUUGUCAGUGCAAUGGUCUGAAAGGACAGAAACGUGAAAAUGUUGACCCUGCUGCCUAUUUUCUCCCCAUGCUACUGGAGUUGUUACUGCAGCUCAGUGAACAGCUUCUUACUCCCACACUGGACAACUGGUCCUGUAAACUAGAAGAUAUGCAAAGUGAUCAAGGACGAAGUUGUCCCAUUUUUUACGGGAGAAGAGGUGUGCUCAGGAGAAAAUUCCUGCACUGUCCGACAAUUGACUCUGAUGAAGAGAGACUCUCUCACAGCAUUGUCCUGCUUGAGGAGGAGGAGGAGGAGGAGGACGAGGACGAGGACGAGGAGGACAAGGACGAGGACGAGGACGAGGACGAGGACGAGGAUGAGGACGAGGAAGAGAGCAGAAAUGGUGCUCUUGCAGAACAUUCUGAAAAUGUGCAUAUUUCAGGAGUGUCAACGGCUUGUGGAGAUAUUCCAGAACAAAUUCGAUCACCAAGCGGGACAAUCACAAGUCCAGGGUGGCCCUCUGAGUAUCCUGCCCGAAUCAACUGUAGCUGGUACAUCCAUGCAAACCCAGGGGAGAUUAUUACUAUAAGUUUUCAAGAUUUUGAUGUUCAGGGAUCACGACGAUGCAGCUCAGAUUGGUUAACAAUUGGAAGCUACAAGAAUAUUGAAGGCUAUAGAGCAUGCGGCUCCUCCAUUCCUUCACCAUACAUCUCUUCACAGGAUCAUGUUUGGAUCAGAUUUCAUUCAGAUGAUAGCAUCUCCAGAAAAGGCUUCAGAUUAGCCUACUUUGCUGGGAAAUCUGAUGAACCAAAUUGUGAUUGUGACCAGUUUCAUUGCGCUAAUGGGAAGUGUAUUCCAGAAAGUUGGAAAUGUAAUAAUAUGGAUGAAUGUGGAGACAACUCAGACGAAGAAAUCUGUGCCAAAGCUAAUCCUCCAACAGCUUCUUCCUUUCAACCUUGUGCCUGCAAUCAGUUCCAGUGUCUUUCUCGCUUCACCAAGCUUUACACUUGCCUUCCAGAAUCUUUAAAAUGUGACGGUAACAUUGAUUGUCUUGACCUAGGAGACGAAAUAGACUGUGAUGUGCCAACAUGUGGGCAGUGGUUAAAAUACUUUUAUGGUACUUUCAGUUCUCCCAACUAUCCUGACUUCUAUCCACCUGGAAGCAACUGCACCUGGCUGAUAGACACUGGUGACCAUCGCAAAGUAAUUUUGCGAUUCACUGAUUUUAAACUUGAUGGUACAGGUUAUGGAGACUAUGUCAAAAUAUACGAUGGAUUAGAGGAGAAUCCACGGAGGCUGUUGCGCGUGCUAACAGCAUUUGACACUCAUGCUCCCCUCACAGUCGUUUCAUCCUCAGGACAGAUAAGAGUGCAUUUUUGUGCUGACAAAGUGAAUGCUGCAAGAGGAUUUAAUGCCACCUAUCAAGUAGAUGGCUUCUGUUUGCCGUGGGAAAUUCCAUGUGGUGGGAAUUGGGGUUGCUACACAGAGCAGCAACGCUGCGAUGGCUACUGGCACUGUCCAAAUGGAAGGGAUGAAACCAACUGCACCAUGUGCCAAAGAGAUGAGUUCCCCUGCUCUCGAAAUGGUGUUUGCUACCCGCGUUCAGAUCGCUGCAACUACCAGAAUCAUUGCCCUAAUGGUUCAGAUGAAAAAAAUUGUUUCUUCUGUCAGCCAGGAAAUUUUCAUUGUAAAAAUAACCGCUGUGUGUUUGAGAGCUGGGUUUGUGAUUCUCAAGAUGACUGUGGUGAUGGCAGUGAUGAAGAGAAUUGCCCAGUCAUUGUGCCCACUAGAGUAAUAACUGCAGCUGUCAUUGGGAGUCUUAUUUGUGGAUUGCUGCUUGUCAUUGCACUGGGAUGUACUUGUAAAUUGUACUCACUCAGGAUGUUUGAGCGAAGAUCAUUUGAAACUCACUUGUCAAGGGUUGAGGCUGAACUGUUAAGAAGAGAAGCUCCUCCAUCCUAUGGACAGUUAAUUGCCCAGGGUUUAAUUCCACCAGUUGAAGAUUUUCCUGUUUGUUCACCAAAUCAGGCUUCAGUUCUGGAAAACCUGAGACUGGCAGUACGAUCUCAGCUUGGAUUUACCUCAAUCAGACUUCCUAUUGCUGGCAGAUCAAGUAACAUUUGGAAUCGAAUUUUUAAUUUUGCAAGGUCACGUCAUUCUGGAUCAUUGGCAUUGGUCUCAGCGGAUGGAGAUGAUGUUGCCAGCCAAAGUACUAGCAGAGAAGCUGAAAGAAAUAAUACUCACAGAAGUCUAUUUUCAGUUGAAUCUGAUGAUACAGACACAGAAAAUGAAAGAAGAGACACAGCAGGAGCAGUUGGUGGUGUUGCUGCCACCUUGCCUCAGAAAGUCCCACCUGCAACAGCAAUAGAAGCAACAGUUGGAGCAUGUGGGAGUUCCUCUGCUCAGAGUGGCAGUAGCAGUAACACGGAUAGUGGAAGAGAAGUGACGAGUGUAGAGCCCCCAAGCACAAGUCCCGCACGUCAUCAGCUCACUAGCGCGCUAAGUCGUAUGACUCAAGGCUUACGCUGGGUACGCUUUACUUUAGGGAGAUCAAGCUCAGUGAAUCAGAACCAAAGUCCUUUGAGACAGCUUGAUAAUGGGGUAAGUGGAAGAGAAGAGGAUGAUGAUGUUGAAAUGUUAAUUCCAGUCUCUGAUGUAGCAUCAGACUUUGACAUGAAUGACUGUUCAAGACCUCUACUUGAUCUCAGCUCAGAUCAAGGACCAGGGCUUAGACAGCCUUACAGUGCAACACAUCACGGUGUAAGGUCGUGCAGUCGAGAUGGCCCCUGUGAGAGCUGUGGCAUCGUACACACUGCCCAGAUACCCGACACUUGCUUAGAAGCAACAGUGAAAAAUGAAACUAGUGAUGAUGAGGCAUUAUUACUCUGCUAGGUACGGUUUGCUUAGGAAAGAUUGUGUACAAGUUGGAGCAAUAUCUGUCAUUGUUUUGUACUUCACAGUUAAAACUAGUUUUUAGUUUUAAAAAAAUCCAGGACAACAUUACGUUAAAACUAUUUUAGCCUGUGUGGUUGAUUAAACAUUUCUUAUACUGGAUGAUGUUACGGAACUAUUAGAGUGAACAUUGUAAUGGCUCUGAAUACACGGUGUGUGUAUCCAGUAUAAUCUGAUUAGUCUUUAAACUGAAGUUAUCCCACUUAGUUUCAAAUUUAGUUUAUCCCGGUACUGUAGUUCAAACCAGAAACAUGGCUGCUCAAGACUUACUUGGCUGCCUGUUUAACCCCAUAUUAACAGGUGAAUUUGUACAGAAUUAUUUUCCUUUAGGAAUUGACUCUGUUGUAUUAUUGCCAACAUACUUGUAACUUAAUAUACUAAAUACUGGUAAGGAUUGUUAAUGUAAAAUAUGUACUUUUCUUUGAGUUUAUACAACACUUUGUCUAAAUAUUCUUGAAUUUCAUCAUAAUGUGAACUUAUUUAAAGGGAGGAGAAACUUUCUCCAGGAGCAUUCUUUUUCUUUCAGAAGUACAAAAUGCAAUGAUUUGUGAAAUUUAGAUAUAAUAGAUAAACUGAUGGCAAAAGCUUUUAUAGCACUGACUUUCCUAAACUGCAAUCUAAUAUGGUACAGCCAAAUAGUAUGUAAAAUCCCCAGUCAUUAGUCUUUCCGAUUUGAAGUAAAAAAGGGCCGAAGAUAUUACAAUAUGUGUUGGUUCUUUAAAUAUCCGAUACGUACAAAUACACUACAGAAUAA